UCCCGGCGGCAGUGCGCGACGGCGGGCCAGGCGCCAGCGGGACAGCCCCGGCGGGCAGCCGAGCGCGCCCGGCUGCGGACGGAGCUGCAUAAGAUGGCGGCGGCGGGAGCUGAGGCGGCCGCGGCGGCGGCGGAGGAGGAGAAGCGGCUGUCCGAGGGCGACCCGGAGUCGGGAGGAGACUCGGACGACGACGCCGACUCCGACUCGUCCGGUGACGGCGAAGAUGAGGAGAAAGAGAACGAGGCCGAGAUCCAGCGGCUGGAGGAGCAGCUUUCCAUCAAUGCUUUUGACUAUAACUGCCACCUGGAUCUGAUAAAGCUGCUGCGCCAGGAGGGAGAGCUGGUGAAGCUCAGAAGGGCUCGUCAGAAGAUGAGUGAACUCUUCCCCCUCACUGAAGAGAUCUGGCUGGACUGGCUGAAGGAUGAGAUAAAAAUGGCUUCGGAAAGCUCGGAGCGAGAGAAGGUUUACGAGCUGUUUGAGAGAGCUGUGAGAGACUACAUCUGUCCUGAAAUUUGGCUGGAGUAUGCCCAGUAUUCCAUUGGUGGCAUCGGUCAGGAAGGAGGGAUCGAGAGGGUUCGCUCCGUCUUUGAGCGGGCGCUGACUGCCGUGGGGCUGCACGUCACCAAGGGAACAGCCCUGUGGGAAGCAUACAGGGAGUUUGAGAAUGCCAUCCUGGAGACAGCCCAGCCAGCUCCUGGCAGCGUUCCCUCGCCCGAGCAGCAGCAGAUGCUCUGCAGUCAGCUUGAGAAGAUCCACACGCUGUUCAGGCGCCAGCUGGGGAUCCCGCUGCUGGAUAUGGAGGCCUCAUAUGCUGAGUAUGAGGAGUGGUCAGAGGAGCCAAUACCAGAAACAAUCAUAAAGAAUUACAAGAGAGCCCUGCAGCAGCUGGAGAAGUGCAAACCAUAUGAAGAGGCACUGCUGAGUGCUGAAACCCCCAAGCUGGCAGAAUACCAAGCCUACAUUGACUUUGAGGUGAAGGCUGGGGAUCCAGCUCGCAUUCAGCUCAUCUACGAGAGGGCUCUGGCUGAGAACUGCCUUGUGCCAGACCUCUGGGCACGCUACAACCAAUACUUGGACCGGCAGCUGAAAGUCAAAGACUUGGUGUUGUCAGCUCAUGACCGUGCUGUUAGGAACUGUCCCUGGACAGUUGGGCUGUGGAUUAGAUACCUCUUGGCAAUGGAGAGGCACAGAGUUGAUCACAGUGUGAUUUCUGAAAUGUUUGAGAAAGCUCUGAAUGCAGGUUUUAUUCAGGCCACAGACUAUGUGGAAAUCUGGCAGGCAUACCUCGAUUACCUGAGGAGAAGGGUGGAUUUUACACAAGACUCGAGUAAAGAACUGGAGGAGCUGCGCUCUGCCUUCGCUCGUGCUGUGGAGUAUUUGAAACAAGAAGUAGAGGAGAGAUUCAGUGAAAGUGGAGACCCAUCCUGCACCAUCAUGCAGAACUGGGCAAGAGUUGAGGCUCGCUUGUGUAACAACAUGCAGAAAGCCAGAGAGCUCUGGGACAACAUUAUGACUAAAGGAAAUGCCAAAUAUGCAAACAUGUGGCUGGAGUAUUACAACUUAGAAAGAGCUCAUGGGGACACUCAGCACUGCAGGAAGGCUUUGCACCGGGCUGUGCAGUGCACCAGCGACUAUCCCGAGCACGUCUGCGAGGUGCUGCUCACGCUGGAGAGAAUAGAAGGAACAUUGGAAGACUGGGAUGCAGCAGUUCAAAAGACAGAGAACAGAUUAGCUCGAGUUAACGAGCAGAGAGCAAAGGCUGCUGAGAAAGAAGCUGCUCUGGCCAAGCAGGAGGAGGAGAAAGCUGAGCAGAGGAAGCAGGCUCGGGCAGAGAAGAAAGCUUCCAAAAAGGCCAAGAGAGCCCGAGCCGGAGACAAGCGGAGAGCAGACGACGAUGAUGAUGAGGGUGAAUGGGGACAAGAGGAAGCAGAGCAGCCCAGCAAGAGGCACAAGGGAGACGGGGAUGGCACGCUGCUGGAAGAGGACAUGGAGGUAGAAACGGGACUGUUUGGAAGAAGUGGAUCUGAAAAGCCAGAUCACCCAGGAAACCAAAAGGAAAAGGCAUCUACCAGUCGAAAAGACAUCCCCAAAGUUUCACAUGACAGCAGUAAAGACAGUGUCACUGUCUUUGUCAGCAACCUGUCCUACAACAUGGCAGAUCCUGAAGUGAAACUGAAAGAGCUCUUUGAGAGCUGCGGGGCCGUGGCAGAAAUCCGCCCGGUGUUCAGCAACAAGGGCACCUUCCGGGGCUACUGCUACGUGGAGUUCAAGGAGGAGCAGGCUGCUCUGCAGGCUCUGGGCUUGGAUAGGAAGGUGGUGGAGGGAAGACCCAUGUUUGUUUCUCCAUGUGUUGACAAGAACAAGAAUCCAGACUUCAAGGUGUUCAGGUAUAGCACUACCCUGGAGAAACAUAAGCUGUUUAUAUCUGGUUUGCCAUUUUCCUGCACUAAGGAAGAGCUGGAAGAUUUGUGCAAAGCACAUGGGAAGGUGAAAGACAUCCGUCUGGUCACCAACCGAGCUGGGAAGCCCAAGGGCCUGGCCUAUGUGGAAUAUGAAAACGAAGCUGAGGCCUCUCAGGCUGUGCUGAAGAUGGACGGGCUGACAGUGAGGGAACACGUCAUCAAGGUGGCCAUCAGCAACCCCCCCCUGCGCAAGCUGCCCGACAGGCCCGAGGCCGCCAGAGCCGCGCAGCUCGCGGUGCCACGACAGCUCCAUGGGGCGCGAGGGAAGGGCAGGACACAGCUGUCGCUGAUGCCGCGGGCGUUGCAGCGUCAGAGCAAUCCCCUGGGCAAGGCCGAGAACGGGAUGGUCCAGAACUCACCAGCAACUCCCUCCCAAGCCCCUGAGGAGCCUAGAAAGAUGUCCAACGCUGAUUUUGCCAAGAUGCUACUGAAGAAGUGAGCAGAACAGUGCUGCAGUCAGCAGGUCUGGUCAAAUGUGAAAUGCCUUUCUGGAAGCCAUGUUGUGUCCUUACGUGAGCCAGGAGAUGCCAGGCACAGCCAGUGUAAACACUGCUCUGGGCUGCUGCCCUCACUGGGAUCAGUGUAGGAGGGUACAAACCCAGGGGGUUUUUUCCCCCUCUCUCUGUUUCUUAGAGCAAGGUGUUGUAUGUUCUGGUGUUAUAUGAUUCCUCAUAUUGAGGGUAACGAGGGGGGAAAUAUCUCCUGGCUGUGCUGGCUGCCACAUCAAGUUCUAUCAAUACUCUCCAAACCUUUCUUUCAUGGAAUGAGAGCCCAAAAAUAACCUUGCCAAGCUCCACUGGUCAGUGCAGGUGGUGGUUUGCAGUCAUUGACAACCAGCUCCUUUCCCAGCCUAACACAGGCACGCAGGGACAUCUCUCUUUCCCUUCAGAGCCCGGUGGCAGACGCUGUAACCUCACCACAAUGGCCUAUUCUAGCACUGGGAGAGUUUCUGCCCACGGGUGUGUGUCUGCACAGGCACAAACACACACAGCUAGCUGUUCCCUUCAUGUUCUGUUCCAGCUCACCUGGGUUUUUUUUAUAUAGUGUAUUUGUAAAAGACAUUCAGAUGGUUAUUUUUGUGUCCCACUCCUUUGCCACCUUUGUUGCCCACCAGAGCUGUACAUGCUGAGGACCAUUUCCUUCUGGUUGGUUUUGCUAGCUAGCUCCUCUGUCUCCUGCAGGUGCUUUCUGUGUGGUUUUGUACAAAUGUGAAGUGCAAGCUGACGUUUCUUGGUUUAUUAAACUCAAGUUCUCAAAGGUUUUCUAUAAA